CAGAACCGGUGGGGAAUAUGAGAGUCGUUGGAAAAAAUGGACUAUUACCAGUAUAAUGGAAUUAUACAGUCAAAUUAAGCCGUAAAAAUGUUGCUUUCCAGCCUUAAGCGACGAUUGGGUACGUGUCAUUUAAACCAGGAUGUACUUGAAAAUUUAUUUGGAGUUAUACGCGCUAAAGGUGGUUUGCACGACCACCCCGACCAACAGGAAUUUAAAUAUCGGCUCAGAACAUACAUUCUUGCGUGCAAUGAGGGCGCAAUUUCUACGGGAGGGAAUGUCGAGGUUGAUGAUACCAGAACCAUCUCAGCCUACUCUUACAGGUACGAUAUUGCGACCCAUGAUACUUCCAUUGGAAGAAAUUGAACUGAGGGAGUUUACUGAUCCAGAAUAUGACGGUCUAGAAAAUGUAGCCGGAUAUAUAUGUUACAGACUACGUGAUGAAUUUCCUACCUCGUCCUUCGAAACUAGCGACGACCCAUCACUCUCAUGGGUGAACCUCUUAAGUGAUGGUGGUUUAUCACUUCCAAGCGCCCAACUUUAGUCAAUAUUUGUAGCAGUUAAUGGUGUCGGCCGCUGUGGUGUAGUGGUAAGCAGUGCGAGUUUCCACUCCGCAACGCCUGGGUUCAAACCCUGG